AUGUCUGACGACGAAGCUGAAGAUAUCGAGGAGGAAGAGGGGGUCUAUUUGGGAGAAUAUGACGGCGGUCGAAACGAACGUGAUGAGCGUCACGGCUAUGGAAAAGCUAUAUUGCCAAAUGGGGACGCGUACGAUGGAAUGUAUGAAAACGGAAAACGACAUGGUCCUGGGAUCUACCGUUUCAAAAACGGGGCAAGGUACGAUGGUGCUUAUUAUGAUGGUAAGAAACAUGGGCAGGGAACGUUUUAUUACCCAGAUGGGUCUGUUUAUGAAGCUACUGUUAAUAAGCCUCCGAAAUGUACGUUAGGCUUAUGGGUAGAAAACCAGAGGAACGGAGUUGGGAAGUACACCUACGUGAACGGAGAUGUUUAUGAAGGCGAGUGGAGGGACCACUUGAGACAUGGUCAAGGAAGCUAUACAUUCGCCGCCAGUAAAUUGCGCUACGAGGGAACAUGGAAAGAGGGUAAAAUAGAUGGUUUUGGAGAAUUGAUUCAUGAGAGUCAUAAAUAUAUUGGAUUCUGGAAAGAUGGAAUGGUAAUGGGGAGAGGACGAUAUGUAUUUCCUAAACUGGAAUGUCAGCAAACUGGAGAAUAUUUAGCGACACCAGCUAAAGACGAAGAGAGACUGCCAGAGGAUGACGCAGAUAAACUGAUCCCACGAUGGAAGGCCCAAAAGCUCGAGCGUCUGGUUGAGGAGGUCAAGGUCCCAAAGCCAGAGGCUCAACCGGGGCCACAGACGGAGGCAGAGCCAGAAGCAGGUGUGAAAUUAGAAGAAGCAGGCAAGUAA